GCGCUCUCUCCCUCUCAUGGCGAGGUGCUCGCUCGUCCCCUUCGUGCUCUUCUCCUGCUUCUCCCUUCUCUACCUGUUCACGAAGGAGUGGAUCCCACCCUCGCCCUCGCCCCACCCGUCGUUUUCUCCCCAAAUCCAAACCCUAACCCUAACCCCAACCCGGUCCUCGGAUCCAUCGCGCUCGAAGGAUCUCGACGCCGAGGUCGAGUUCGACUUCGCCCCCUUCGUGCGCGUCUACAAGAGCGGCCGCGUCGAGCGCCUCCACGGCACCGCCACGGUCCCCGCGGGGCUCGACCCCUCCACCGGGGUCGCGUCCCGGGACGUCGCGAUCGACCCCGCCACGGGCCUCGCCGCGCGCCUCUUCCUCCCCGCCGACCUCGUCCCCGGCGGCGGCGGCGAGGGGGGCGGCGCGCGGGUGCCGAUCGUGGUGUACUUCCACGGCGGGGCGUUCGUGAUCGAGUCGGCGUUCUCCCCCUUCUACCACAACUACCUCAACGCGCUCGCGUCGAGGGCGCGGGCCCUCGCCGUGUCCGUGGAGUACCGCCUCGCCCCGGAGCACCCGCUCCCGGCGGCGUACGCCGACGCGUGGGCGGCGCUGCGGUGGGCCUUCGCCGGCGGCGGCGGCGGCGGCGACCGGUGGGUGGCGGCGCGCGGGGACCCGGCGCGGGUGUUCCUGGCCGGGGACAGCGCGGGCGCGAACAUCGCGCACAACGCGGCGGCGCGGGCGGGAAAGGGAAAAGUGAGGGUGGAGGGUUUGGUGCUGCAGAACCCGUACUUCUGGGGUCGGGAGGCGGUGGGGAGGGAGCCGAGGGAGCGGUGGAUCCGGGAGGGGAUGGAGAGGUCGUGGGGGUUCGUGUGCGCGGGGGCGAUGGGGAUCGACGACCCCGCGGUGAACCCGAUGGGUGCUUCGGGCAUGGGCAUGGGGGGAUGGGGGAUGAGGAGGGCGCUGGUGACGGUGGCGGGGAGGGACGUGUUCAGGGAGAGGGGGUUGGCGUACGCGGAGGGGCUGAGGCGGAGCGGAGGUGGAGGGGUGGAGGUCUACGAGGCCGAGGGGGAGCCGCACGUCUACUUCGUCUCCAACCCCUGGAGCCCCGCCGCCGCCAAGGAGAUCGACGUUCUCGUCUCCUUCAUCCACCGCCGUUAGAUUUAGGCUCCAAGGGGUUUGGGACUUGGGAGUCGGCGGCGACAUUCUGGGCGUCGCCGGUUUUAGUCAUGCGCUCGUUCGCGUGUGUAAACUGUAACGACGGUGUGGUGUGGCGUGCG